AUGACAGAGCAACCAGGAAAUACUAGACACAUGCUUUUGUCGUUUUCAGUACUGGUAGGAUUGACAUGUGUAUAAAUAUAGGUGAAGUCUACAUACAGAAUGGACAAGCACAAGAGCAACCUGCUUUUUGAUCCAGAAGAAAACAUUCUUCAGCUAUGGGUCUACUCCUGAGCAGCCUCCACCAAGCACUAAAGAAGUUUACUGGAUACGAAGCACGGAUCCUGAUGCUGGGUCUAGAUGCUGCUGGGAAGACAACGAUCCUGUACAAACUAAAGCUGCAUGAGACAGUCACUACAAUCCCCACCAUUGGGUUCAACGUAGAAACUGUAGAACCCAUGCGUAAUGUCACCUUCACGGUGUGGGAUGUGGGCGGUCAGGACAGGAUUAGAGCUCUGUGGAAACAUUACUAUCAAAACACAGAUGGGCUUAUAUUUGUCGUGGACAGUGCUGACCCUGAGAGAUAUCUAGAAGCCAACUCAGAACUCACUGCCAUACUUGAGAGUGAUGAAAUGAGAGGAGUCCCCUUUGUGGUGAUGGCCAAUAAGCAAGAUCUACCAGGUGCCAGGCGCCCCGGAGAACUCUCCGAAGAGCUGGGACUAAGGAAGAUAAAAGGACACCAGUGGCAUGUCCAAGGAUGUUGUGCUACCACUGGAGAUGGACUUAUUGAGGGGUUGGAGGUCCUUACUGACUUGGUGAAACAAGUUAAGAACAAGGCAUUCUGACUAUGUCAACAGGACUAAAAAAUGUUGCAUGCUACUCAAAUCUUUUAAAAUCACAAUAAUGUAAAACGCAACAAUGUGACUUCCAUUCCAGAUCUUCUUUUAAUGAGAAAAUAUGACUUGAGCACACCACAAUGAACAUAAUACAUUCAUGUAAGGUAUGAGCUGAGAAUCACAAUACACAUGUACAGUAUAUAUGCUGCCUAACUAUUGACAUUUCAUCGCAACACCUUAUUAGACUGGUGAAUGAGUUAAUACAGUAUACUGGGUAUAAUAAUGUAUCAUUCCCUGUUAUUUCUAUUGCUUCUCUGAAUAUUAACAUUUGAUUUUAGAAAUAAAUUGCAAUAUAAAAAU